GAGAUCUUCAAUGGUCUGCAUCACACACUGGCCCUACUGGCUCUCAAAGCAGCACUAUCACAAACAGUGACCAUCAGGAUUGUAUUGGUCUUUCUUCAUUUUGUUCUCCUCAGCAGCCCAAGCAAGGCUGCAGCAACACCUAAACCAAGGUUUCAAUUAUCAGACAAUCAUCACUGACUGGCUGCUGUCUGCUGUUCAAAUGUUGGGAGACAAGGCUCACGGUGUCACUUUGAAGGUUAUGGAAUACACAUAUGAUGAUGACCUGGAAGAGCUGUGUCCCGUGUGUGGAGACAAAGUAUCCGGAUAUCACUACGGUCUGCUCACUUGCGAGAGCUGCAAGGGCUUCUUCAAGAGGACAGUGCAGAACAACAAGAGGUACACAUGUGCGGAAAACCAGGAGUGUAAAAUAGACAAAACCCAGAGGAAGAGAUGUCCUUUCUGUCGCUUCCAGAAGUGCCUCAACGUCGGAAUGCGGCUCGAAGCGGUGCGCGCAGACCGCAUGCGUGGGGGGAGGAAUAAAUUUGGCCCCAUGUAUAAGAGAGACAGGGCCUUGAAGCAGCAGAAGAAGGCUUUGAUACGAUCCAACGGGUUCAAGCUGGAAAGUGCAGCUCCUCCGCCAGCCUCUCCUCUGCAGACUGACUACGGCUUCACCGGUACCGUGCACAGUCUGCCCACCAUCUCCAAAAGUCUGCUUCCCUCCACCCCAAGCUCCAUCACCCCUACAGACUACGAGGCCAACCUCUACGGACCCCCAUCUCUGGGCAUAUCCAUGCAGUCCCACAUGCCCCUUACCACUCAGUACCAGUACACAGCCUUCCCAAGCAGGGCAAUCAAAGCUGAAUGUCCCGACUACACCAGCUCCCCUGAGUCACUGACAGGAUACCCAUACCCAGACAUGUACCCCUCAGCCUCGCCACAGCCACCUAGCCUGCCGCCGCUGGUGUUGGAGCUGCUGCGCUGCGAUCCAGAUGAGGUGGUGGUGCAGAAUAAGAUUGUUGCUCAUCUGCAGCAGGAGCAGGGUGGGCGGGGGCGGCUGGACAAGCCCAGCACCUUCAGCCUCAUGUGUCGCAUGGCAGACCAGACUCUCUUCUCCAUAGUUGAGUGGGCUCGGAGCUGUAUCUUCUUCAAGGAGCUCAGGGUGGGAGAUCAAAUGAAGCUGCUCCAUAACUGCUGGUCUGAACUUCUGGUCCUGGAUCACAUUUUCAGACAAGUGCAACACGGACAGGAAGACAGUAUCCUGCUGGUGACCGGCCAGGAGGUCGAGCUGUCAUUCAUCCUGUCCCAAGCUGAGGCGACUCUGUCCAGUCUGGUCCAGAGAGGUCAGGAGCUGGCAGCGAGGCUUCGGGCGCUGCAGCUGGACCGCAGAGAGAUUGCUUGUCUCAAAUUCCUCCUCCUGUUCAACCCCAAUGUGAAGCUGCUGGAGGACCAGGCAUUUGUGGAGGGCGUCCAGGAGCAGGUGAAUGGGGCUCUCCUGGAGUACACUCUGUCCACCUACCCUCAGUUCCAGGAGAAGUUCAGCCAGGUGGUGGUGCGGCUGCCGGAGCUGCGCUCCCUCAGCACGCAGGCUGAAGACUACCUGUGCUACAUGCAUCUGAGCGGAGAGGUGCCCUGCAACAACCUGCUCAUUGAGAUGCUGCACGCCAAGCGAGCCUGUGUGUGAGGGAUCCACAUGUGUUGCUCUAGGUGAGACUGUGUGUGUGAGAGGGAAAGUGUGAGUGAGAUGAAAACAACCAAAUGAAGAUAGACAGGUUCAUAUUGGGUCAUCCUUGUGAGGGCUUUUGUUUGAGUUAGAGAGGAGAAAAUGUUCUUUAGAGUUUGGAAUUAUAAAGCUACAUCUGUACUCAAGGUAGUUUGAACAUUUUGAAUGUUAAUGUUUUCAUAUCCUGCAGAGCUACAUUAAUGUGACCUUUAAAAACUAGAUUUUCUACCCUGUUUUCACAACUAGAUUUGCCUGUAGAGUUGCAUUAUAUUCUAUUGGACCAAACUACACAUGAAUCCAACAUCACCAAAAAGAUUUUCUACAUCCCACAGAGCUGCCCAGCAAACAUUUAGACUCAGAGGAAGAAGCUUCAGCCUGCAUCAGUGCUGCACAGUCAUAAAAAACAUGGUGUCAAAAUGACUGUUAAGAUAUUUGUCUAUAGCUGCUGCCUGCAUCUUUUUGAAACAUCUGCAUCUAAAUAUUGUUCUGAUAUCACUGUAAAAUUGUUUCCAAUGCCACUUUAGGAAUUGGGUGAGCUAAUGUACACUUUUUCCAACAGAUUUUGUAGCUUUUUUUCAGAAACUGAAUUUAAGUGUUAAUUUUGGACCCAAAUAUCAGAUGCAACUUUAUGAUUUCAAGUUCACCAACACUGUUCUUAGAUCAUUAUUAUUAAUUUUUAGAUUUAAAGGGAUAGUUUGGAUUUUUUGAAGUUGGGUUGUAUGGGAUACAUAGUCAGUGUCUUACAAACAGUAGAUGUCAGUCAGCACACCCCCAGUUUGGAGAAGCAUGAUGGAGUCUGACAUGAAAGCUAGGCAAUUUACUGCUGUGGAGGGAUCAGCAACAAAAUGUAUUAAAGCCACCUAAAAGAAUCAAUAUCAGUUUAAGUGUAUGCUAUAUUAAGAAUAGUUUCACUGCUUCACCUUUCCUUACCUUGUUUUCAAAAUACAUUUCCAUUUUCACAGGAAAUGUACAGUUUGCAUACAGUGUCUUUCAAAAAUUAAUCAAACUACAUCGGUAAAACACGUCAAAUUGAGUUUUUUUUCCUUAAAUAACAAACGCAUGUGGUUAUGUUUAGCUAACACCCGUAUAUGAUUGGGUUUAGGCAACAAAAGUAUGUGGUUGGGUUUAAGAAAAAGAAAAGGGUUUGGCUUUACAAUCAUAUAGGAAAUGAACACCAGUCUCCUGGGUGAAAGUCGUUGGUUGUUGGUGACUUUAGUGAAUGCGAACUUACCCUUUUAAACACCAGAGUCACACAUUAACACAAACUAACUAACCAGCAGCAGUAGACCAGCAGCUCCUGUGUUCAGAAAUGUUAAAUUAUAGUUUUUCUCAGUGGGGUGUGGGUUUGAAGAGAACGAUGUAAUGGCUUCAUUUUCCCGUUAGAAAUCGCUGUUUGACAUUAGGGUGAAACAGUGAAAAUACUCUCAAUAUAUUGUACACUUAAACUAACAUUGAUCUUUUUUAGGUGGCUAAGAUAUAUUUUGUCGCUGACCCCAGUAGUAGAUUGCUUAGUUUACAUGUUAGACUGCUGCCUGCUUCUCCAAACUGGGGGUGUACUGACUGACAUCUACUGUAUGUCAUACACUGUUUAUAGAUUGAUUAAUCACACAACCCCACUAUAAAAAAUUAAUUAUUCCUUUAAGACAGACUUUAGGAUAACAUGACACACUGUGGUCUCGUUAGAAUAGACUAUCACUUCUGCCCAUAUCUCUACAUUUGUUCUUUUUGCCACCAGUGUUUUAAAAAAAAAACUAAAUAUGAAAGCUCUAUGGGGUUCAAUAUAGUUUUGUUUUAAUCUAUUUAGAUGUUAAUAUAUUUAUAUAUCAAAGCCAGACAUGUUAAGAGCAACACAUUCAGUUAUUCAUUGCUCUUACCAAGAAAGAGAAAAUACAAGGGAGAGAAAGACGGAUAAGGACAGAGACAAAGAGAGAGGCAGAUUUUAAAAAAGUGAAUGAAAUAGAGAGAAAAACUGAAAACUAAAGAAAGCCAGAGCAGAGAGGUGCAGUAAGAGGAGAUAGAAAAGACAUAUAAAUGACAGUAAGAGGAAUGACAAAGACAGCAUUUUUCUUUCUUUAAGUAAAGAUGCGAAUAGCAAAAACAAAGCGUCAUAAUUGCCCUUCAGUUUUUUACUGAGGAGCCAGAGAGAGACAACACAGGGAGGGAAAAUAUGCAUCUGGCAACAUUUGGUUUCAAGUUUCUUUGUAAAAUUUAAUUUGUUUGUUGGUCAAUGCCCCAAGAAACAAUAGAUCUUCAAAAAAUGAAGGUGUGGUGUUCACACUCAUGUUUGUGUCACUUUUCAACACACUGCACAGUAUGUGGACCAGAGAUCGACUGAUCUGUGUGCUGAUACUGAUAUGGUUUGCACUGAAGCAGCUGUACCAAUUUUACCAAUUUUUUUUAGUAUCCACAAUGAAAAUAACUUAUACAUUAUCUAUAAAACGUUAAUGCUCACUUUUUUCUUAUUGUCAAUAAAUCUCAUAAAAAGAACCCAACAACAAUAUGUUAUUCUGUCUCUCAAUACUCAAUAACUUCCCUACCCUGUCUGUGGCUGUCAGUCUCAAACCCUCUCUCUCAGUAUUUCUUGUUAAACCAACACUGAAACACACUGGUUCAUGUUGGUAUUAAUGUUGACCAGCAUUAGAGAACACAACAGCUGUAUAUAACACACAGUCUGUUUAAUUCACAGCAUCACUGAUGUGCAUGUUAAAUAUAAACUGGUGUGCCAUAAACACGUGUUUGGGUGUUUGCCACUUUAACAGACUGGAGGAUGAUCUGAGUUUCACGUGUCACUUGUCUUUAGUAAACUGGGUCUGCAGUUGAUGUUUUACUCAACUGUAUUGCUGUGAACUAAUCAGGUUAUAAAUAUGUUGGUGGCCAAAACAUAACCUGUUCUCACAGAAAUAUAUAAAAUGACCACAACCUCAUGCAACAGUUUGUGUGACAUCUUACGAAUUAGUGACCCUUGACUGAUGUAACGUACUUAACAUAAAGUUACGUACUUAAUGUAAAGUUAGAUAGGUUAAGUUUAGGCAAGUAAAGUACUUGGAUUGAGUCUGUCAGUUCUUAGAUUUAAGAAAAGAAACAUGGUGACCAUGUACCUUAAAAUAAAUUCACACAAUUCUGAACAUCAGUCUCCUGGGGGGAAAGUCUUGUUUUUUGUGACCCAUCCACCACCCCAACUUGCCUCCUUAAGAGGACUGCUCGCUGCUUUACUCCCACAUUGACAUUUUUUCCUUCAACAACAAAUGCAAGUGGUUACGUUUAGCCAACACACGCACAGGAUUGAGUUUAGGCAACAAAAGCAUGUAAAAAAGAACAGGAUUUGGCUUUACAAUCUAACGGGAAGCAAACACCACCCUCCCGGGUGAAAGUUGGUGGUUAUUGGACCCAUCCUCCACCCCUCCCACCCACCGUACUUGGACUUUCACUCCCUUGAAUUUCAUUGUCCAGGGAUGGAAACAGUGCAGUUGGAAAGGCAAUAGGAUCAUUUGUCAUAGUGGACACUCUAAUUCUCUGGUUCAACAUUGUCACACGUUGGGCAGUGGUUAAUCAUACAACCUCAUAAGUAGUAUAAAGAGGAAGAACAUCUGCGUAGGGAGGAGGCUGGAUUUUUAAGUGAGAGACUGCUGUCUGUGGUCCAUGUGAAACUAAAAGUCAACGUGGACUUCAUUUAACUUAACAUACUUAUGUCUCUUACAUUAUGUCCUGUAUGUUACAAACAUAGUUGCUUUAACCAAAAACAAAAUCUUUUUCAAAACCUUAAAAAGUAGUUUUGUUGCCUAAACUUAACCGUGCUGCCACCACUUAAUGCAGUGUUCAGAGGUCAUGGACAUUUCAUGUAUUUCUGUGAGACCACGUUGUGAAAACAGAUCAUUUUUACACAAUGAGCUUGUAUACAGACUAUGUGUCAGGUAGGUGUGUGCUCAUUUGGAUACAAAUAAGAGCCAGUACAGACAGCCUCUCCUCCAAGAUCAGCAUUAGUGCUUAUAGUUUUAAUGUGCUGAUGGCUGUUCAAUCCUUUCAAUAUUUUUUUGAGUUUUGUCCGUUACUCACCUGACCUGUUUGCCCCCCCACCCCCAGUGUCUGGAUGUCCAAUUUGUUUGACCUUGUCUCCAAAGAACUGCGUUCAUACAAAGCGCAGAAUAUUGCGUCCAGAGUCAUAUGUAUACAUAUAUAACACAUGUAUUGAUAAAUUAUUGGCUUCUUACUCGCUAAGGUUUAAUUGCACUUACAGUAACGAUUGUAGCUGCCAUCAACUCGAGUCAUUUUCAAGUUAGCUUCACUUUGUUUCCACCAGGGCUGCUUGGCUAUUCACAGAUUACCGUGUCGUGCCGGCGCGCGCGUGUGUGUGUGUGUAUGUGUGGAUGUGUGUGGAUGUGGAGUAGUUCAGCGCCAGCACAGAGGGCAGAGAAGAGGCUGCAGGAUGACAAUGAAAUAAACCAAAAUGUGUAAAGGUACCGAUAAAAGAACUGGUACCGUUCGUGCUUAUCACUACGGCCUUUGAAAUUUAGCCCCGGGCCUACAGCCACACUGGCACGGAGGUGUGGAACGCUGCAAGUGUGUGUUCCACCAAUCAGCGUUCUUCAGCACAUAGCCCCGCCCCUCAAGAAUUCUGGGGAAUCUGAGAAGUCCUACCCCCUUACUAGGUGCUUUUUUCAGGGAAAGUUUGGGAUUGAGGGAAAGUUUUUUAUCCGGGUAAUUUUGGUGGAAAUGCGCCGAGGUUUUUAAAAUGUACCAGGUAAAUGAUAAAAGCUCCUGCGGUGGAAAAGGGGCUAUAUUGUUGCCUAAACCUAACCACAUGCUUUUAUUGACAUGCUGGCAUUGGUUGCAGUGUCAUAGGAUGUCAACAGCGUCAUACUUAAGGAGAAAACUUAAGGUGCUUUCUGCAACUGGUCCCUGAAUCACUUUAAAUGAGUACUGCAAUUCAGGGUUCUGGAACCAGUCUAGGAGAGACAGUACUUAAUGCAUAUGAUGCUUUCUUUAUUACUUGAUCAAUGUAUGUCCCCUAUAAAUAAUUAAAUAAAACCACAAGCUAAUGUUUAAUACAUGUAUUAAUACACACAUUUUUUUCCUUGUUAGGUUGACGAAUGUAACCAUUGUGGGUCACUAAUCUCUACUGAUAAGAAUAUCUUACAUAUUUCUGCAUAUUGUAUGCAUUUUAAACAAAGUAUCUUAUCAGACAGCCAGUGGACAACACUACAAGCCUUAUCGGCUCCGCACAUAGUAUCAGAAACCCACACUGCACUGCGUAUUUGUAGCAGUCAGUGGUUUAUCUGUGGCACUUACAAUGUUGAAAAGUAACACAUAUUUUGUCCCCAGAUUUAUGAAAAGUGACACGCACAUGACUCUCAACAAUGAUGACAAUGUAACUGAUAUUCACUGUCACCAAGACCAAGUGAAAAACAAAGACACAGUCAAGGCAGUGUUUGUAAUUUUGUGCAGCUCAACUUGAUCACUGUGGACUUUGAAAAUCAUUCCUUGUUUGUCCAUUUCAAGGUGUCGUAGACAAUCACUCCGCCUGCCUUAACUUAAUGUCUGCCUGAAAACACACACACACACACACACACACACACACACACACAGUAGCUGUGUGUUAUCACUCUGUACAGUAUAUUUAUGUUGUGAAGUGAAUAUCUUACUGCAAGAUGAAGAUACAUUUCAACUGAAAAAGUUCUCUGCUUUAUGUUGAGGUCAAAUUGCUACUGUUGUGGAACUGAUUCUCUUGAUAUUGCCUUUGGUUUUGCUCUUUGUUCACUUUUUAUUUUCCUGUGAGUUGACAGUCCCGUCUUAAACUGAAGUGUUUUUUUCUCUCAAAAGAGAAAGUGACCGAGACAUUUUGUUUUCUUGAAAUAUAUUUUAUUG